AUGGCCGCACCUCCCUCAUCCCAGCCCCUGGCGGCUACUGAUGCUCCCAAAAAGGACAAGAGCCACAAAAAGGACAAGAAGCACAAGGACGCACCCGUUCCCGCCCCUGCUUCCACUACUACCACUGCUGCUGCCGACGAUGCUGAUGCCGACGCCGUAGCAGAGGUGCUCGACGGUGCUAGCCCCGAUGACGCUGACGCUGCCAAGAAGGAACGCAAGCGCGAAAAGAAGGAACGCAAGGAACGCGAACGUCGCGAGCGCGAGCAAGCCGAGAAGGAUGCCGCCACCGUCGCCGCUGCCUCAGCUGCCCAGGCCGUCAGCGCCGUCGCGUCGGCUACGCGUCUUCCCAUCGACCCUUCCAUCGACGACUCGGUCGCAGCAGCCGAGGCGGCUGCUCUCGAUGAGUCUACCCCGGCUGCUCCUGCUGCUGCUCCGGAGCAGGCUGCUGUCGCUCAACCCACUCAGGUCGCGACCAACGCCGCUGCUCCUGCGGUCGGCACUUCUGGCGAAGUGGAUCCCGCUACUGGCGAGCCUUUGAAGCGCAAGCGAGGUCGCCCCAAGAAGGACCCCAAUGCGCCUUCAACCGCCAAGAAGCCCAAGCGCGACGCCGGCGAGAACGGUGAACGACGCGGUCGACGCGCCAAGAUGUCCGAGGACGCUAUGCUCGCGGAGCUCAAGGGCCUCUCUCAGCGUGAGCUGCUCGUCGAACGCGUCUACUCGUCCGACAUGCUCGCCAAGCUCGAGAGGACCAUCGGCCUCAAGUACUCCAAGGGUCGCUUCUCCAAGGAGGAGCAAGACACGAUCAAGAACGGCAUCGCCGAGUUCAUGAAACUCAAGGGUCUCUCGGAAGACGACUUCCAAGAGCUCCUCUACAACUACCGUGAAAAGGGCUGGGAGAAGAUGUACACCGAGCUCUGGAAGGAUCUCGCCGGGCGCCUCGACGGUCGCCCCAACAUCGCCGUGCGGCUGCACGUCCGAACCAACAAGUCGCAGUUCCGCAGACAGGGCCGCUACACGCUUGCCGAAGACUUCGAGAUUCGCACCCGCAUGGGCGUCCAACGUGAGGACGCCGCCUCGGUGGCCAAGCGUCUGGGUCGUCUCAACCAGGACGUGCUUUCGCGCUUUGUCAAGCUGCAGGUCAAGGAUGAGAUGGCCGACGGCCCCGCCUGGACCGCCGAAGAGGACAAGGAGGUGCUUGCUGCGCUCGAAAAGUACAAACAGGAGCACCCCGGCGAGGUGAUCUCGUGGAAGGCGAUCGCCAGCAUGGUGGGCAACAAGCGCAGCUACAAGGUCUACUCCAACCUAUUCUCCAACAUCCGCUCGCGCGUCGACCGCAGCGGUGCCAAUCCGAGGCGGGACUAUGGCACGGUGGGCGACGACGGUGCAGAUGCCUCGCAGCAGGCUGUGCGCGGCAUCCAGCGCCACCCUACGCGCGCCGAGCUGGACAACAGCGUGUGGAUCCCGGGUGAAGAUGACCUGAUCCUUCUGCAGAGACUCAACUUCCAGGAUACAUUGACCGAGGCCACGGUGCGAUGGGGCGACCUAUCGUUCGAGACCUGGCAGUGGCCCGAGCAAACGCUCAAGCAGCAAUUUGCCCAGAUCAAGUCGCGCUACUUGCCCGAUGCCUGGACGGGUCGCUGGCAGGAGACGCUCGACAAGAUCAUCCGAACCAUUCGAACGCGUCGCACCAAGAAGGAGAUUGACGAUGAGGGCGAGGACCGCGCCGAGGCUGCUGGAGAGUCGAGCACUCAGGCUGCGGCCUCUCAGCCCGCUGCUGCGCCGGAGUCAGCUGCUUUUGGUGCGGAGGUCGCUACCGCUAUCGACCCUGCGCUAUCCGGUGAUGCUACUUCGAGCACUCCUGCCGCUCAGCCGGCCUCUACCACCACCUGA